AUGGAUUGUCCACUUGGUGAUGGAUUGGAUAAUCACUUAUUGGUGUUCAUCCUUGAAUCAAAAUUGGAUAAAUCUACAUUACAUUAUUGGGAACAACAUCAAGGCGAAACCACCAACCCAUCUACAUGGGAUCAGCUCAAAAAGUUCGGUUUUGAUACAAAUGAAGAUAAGCUCCAAGGCAUCAAUCUGGCAGAUCCAGCGUAUUAUCAGCAAGCAAAAGCAGACGUACUAUUGGGUGCUGAUGUAUAUGGUUCUCUGUUACAAGAUGGUGUUGUACAACAAAUUGGUAAUAAUAACCAUUUGACAGCUCAACAAAAACAACUUGGUUGGAUCCUUUCAGGAGGAACCGAUUCAAACCAUUGCUCAACAACUCAUCAACCAACUCGCCAUUGUUUCACGAUGUCAAGUGACAAUGAGUUACUUCAACUAGUAAAAUCAUUCUGGAUGCAAGAAGAAGCAUUCCACGACUCAUCAGCUGAUCUAACUCAAGAUGAUCAGAUAUGUCUUGAUCAUUUCAACCAAACCCACUCAAGAACACAAGAAAGUAGAUACAUUGUGAAACUGCCUUUUAAAUCAAACGAAUUUUUCAACUACUCAAAAUCAAAGCAACAUGCAGAACUCAUGCUCAAACGACAAGAAGUUCGUUUUGCAAAAGAUCCACAACUCCAUCAGCUCUACAGCUCGUUCUUAAAUGAAUACGAAAAACUUGGUCACAUGAUGCCUUCCAGGCAUGAUGUUGAUAUACGCACCAUUUGUUAUUUACCACAUCAUGGUGUAAAGAAAGAAAGCAGCUCUACAACUAAAUAA